AAGGCUCACGAGUGGUGCGAACAGCAAGUGGAACUUACUUAUAGUCAAAGUUGCCUACUCCCAUUGUAGACGAUCCUUUAUGCUUUUAAGUCUGUGCUUCGGCCUUAAGCGUCUCAAAACUGUGAAAAACUUGGUCCAUUUUCGCAUCAAACAAAAUCAACAAAACUUAACUAACCUGUGUGACCGCACACUGAUAUGCAGUGGAAAAACAACAGAGAAAUAUAAAACAAAGUUGUUACAUUUCGCGUUACAUUAUUUUGAUAUUUUUUUGUUUAUAACAAAGUGCUGUCUUGUAUUCAUAUAAGAAGAAAUAUUAAACCACAUUUUGUAAAUGGAGGAGCCACCACAAAAAAAAUCUCGAAGUACAGAUCCUGUCGAAUUAGAGAAUGAUAAAAUACAAAAUUGUGAAAUUCUAUUGGAUUCAAGUCCACACUUGAAUUACGACAUUUUAAGAAUUGUCUUUCGGUAUUUAAAAGCCAAGGAUCUGGCGAAUGCAGCAAAAGUUAGCAGAAUUUGGUUAGAAGCUGCAAAUAAAGAGAAACGAACAAGAGGUCCUGAAUAUACUAUUCGUAGUUUUACUAGAGGUUUAAUACAAGAAUAUCUGGAACCUGCAUGGAUUGAACCAUCUGUAGGAUUAUAUUUUAUAACUGGACUGUUUGAUGACGAAUUUGUAAAAAAUGUUCAAGAAGGUACUGUGAGACUUCCUAGGAAUUAUGACUCUAUCAUAUUAAGAAUUAGUGGUAUUAUUGUAGAUGAUAUAGAGAUGGAAUCAUGUUCCUAUUCUCACAAUCAGAUAUUGUCUGCAUAUUUGCCACGAAUUCCAAAUGUGCAAAUUAGCACACUUAUUAUACCAUAUGGAACUUUGAUAGUACAUCAGAAAGAAAGAUUGACAACUAGGAUGACAACUCUUUUGAAUUGUAUUGAUAAACCGUCAAAGCAGAGUGAUGAGAAUUCUUUAUGUUUAAUGUUGUUCUGUGAUCUUGAUAGUCGUGAAAAAGCAUUUACCAUAAUUUCUAUUUUAAAAGCAAGCUGCAGAAAUAAAAGAGUUUCCGUGUGGGGUGGUGUUGUAAAUCGUUUACACGUCAAGCAGGCAAACAAGUCAUUUCCCUCUAUCUCUCUGAAUCGGCAAAUUACCGUUGUCGCUAUUUCUGGUCGUAUGCAAUCAUGGUCUGUGGUUGUUGAUGUGAAAUACAAAACAAAGCAACAAGUUGAAGAAAAGUUGAAAGUAUUUAAAGACCAAGUAAGAUUAAAGAAACAUUCCAUGGGAUUUAUGUUUGCGUGUAGAGCUCGUGGACAGAAUAUGUACAAUGAAGAGAGAAAUGUGGAAUCGACAAUAUUCAAAAGAUUAUUUCCCAAAGUACCUCUUGUAGGGUGUUUCGGCGAUGGCGAGUUUGGGACCGAUUCAAUAUCCGUUGAACAAAAGAAAUCCAAAAAAAACAGUACGCAUUCUAAUUGCUCAUCUAACAAAAAUUGGUACAAUGAAUUUUCUACUGUAUUUAUGAUACUUACGUAUGAUUGAUGUAUGGAAAAAAAGGUGCACAUAAAUGUGUGUAUUCACUGUUAUUCUUAUAUUUAUCGUUUACUUGAUACAUGAAGAUUCAAAAUGUAAAAAUAAAACAAAAAAAUUGUA